AUGAAUGUUCGACCUGGAUCAAAUUCACAGCAGGCACCAAGGAAUCAGCAGCAGAGGCUGAAACUCCCGACACAGGCUCAGGCUUAUGCAAUGAGGCAGAAGCAGCCCGAGGUGAACCAGGGAAAUUUAGCAGGCAUGGGUAAGCUUUUCAACGCACCCGUUAUGCUUCUGUUUGAUACUGGUGCUUCGCAUGCUUUUAUAUCUGCUCAUUGCGUGACUACUCUGAAACUUGAUACGAAAGAAUCUGAACAUAGGAUGGAAGUAGUUUCCCCAGUAGGAGGACGGAUAGAAAUAUCUCGUACUUGCUCGAACUUAGAAAUCACUCUGGGCGAACUUAAGGUUGUAGCGAACAAUCUCAGUGUUAUGAUUAUGUGGGACGUAGACAUAAUCCUAGGAAUGGACUGGCUGGCUAAAAACCAUGCCACCAUCUUAUGCAAAGAAAGGCAAAUUUCCUUUAAAACCCCCGGCGUACCUUGUCUACUUGAACAAAGAAGAGAAAGAAGAGAUAAAAUUAGAAGAAGUCGAAGUCGCUCGCGACUUUCCAGAUGUGUUUCCUGA